UAGGGAACGAAUCAUCUAAUUACUUUGGAAACAACUAAAAAGUGAUGUCUAGAGUGGAAACUUUCUUAUCAAACUUAUCUAUUUUCUGAACGUCCAUCACCUUAAAAUCUCCGAAUUCCGAAACCUCAUCAAUCAUGGCGAUUCCUGCCGCAGUUGUGAUCGUCCCUUUCAGCGUCCUCUUCUUCGUAUCUGGUUUGAUCAUAAAUCUUAUUCAGGCGAUAUUUUUCGUGAUUGUUCGGCCGUUUUCGAAGAAUGGUUACAGAAAGAUUAACAGAAUUGUGGUGGAGCUGUUGUGGAUUGAACUUGUGUGGAUGGUUGAUUGGUGGGCUGGAGUUAAGGUGCAAGUAUACGCAGAUUCAGAGACAUUAGAAAUGAUGGGUAAGGAGCAUGCUCUUUGUAUAGCGAAUCACAAAAGUGAUAUCGAUUGGCUUAUUGGAUGGGUGUUUGCGCAGCGAGCCGAAUGCCUUGGUAGCUCAUUAGCCAUCAUGAAAAAAUCGUCAAAAUUACUUCCUGUCAUAGGAUGGUCAAUGUGGUUUUCAGAGUAUCUUUUUCUUGAGAGAAGUUGGGCUAAGGAUGAAAGUACUCUAAAGCUUGGUCUGCAGCAGUUAAAAGACUAUCCUCGGACCUUUUGGUUGGCUCUUUUUGUGGAAGGGACUCGAUUUACUCAAGCGAAGCUUUUGGCAGCUCAAGAAUACGCAGCUUCAAAUGGGUUGCCUAUUCCUAGAAAUGUGCUCAUUCCACGAACAAAGGGUUUUGUUACAUCAGUAAGUCAGAUGCGGUCGUUUGUUCCUGCCAUUUAUGAUAUGACGGUUGCUAUUCCAAAAAGUUCAACUCCGCCAACGAUGCUGAGGCUCUUUAAGGGGCAACCUUCUGUGCUUCAAGUGAAAAUCAAGCGCCAUUUGAUGAAAGAUUUGCCAGAAACGGAUGAAGCUGUUGCACAAUGGUGUAAAGACUUGUUUGUUGCCAAGGAUGCUUUAUUAGACAAACAUAAGGAAGAAGACACCUUUCCCGAUUCAGAAAUCCACGACAUCGGCCGCCCUUUAAAAUCUCUCGUGGUAUUAAUAUCAUGGGCAUGCCUGCUUGUUUUUGGGACCUACAAGUUCUUCCAAUGGUCUAAUCUUCUGUCUUCAUGGAAAGGUGUUACCAUUACAGCAAUUUGUUUGGCGGUUAUUACGGUUUUAAUGCAGAUCUUGAUUCAGUUCUCGCAAUCUGAACGUUCCACGCCUGCAAAGGUGGCACCCUCCGCUAAUGUACACAACAAACAGCAGUGAGUACAAGUUCUGGACAAAAUGAAUUUAUUAUACAGGUUUAUUAUAUGGAAAAUACCUCAAUUUACUUCAUUGUUUGUGAAAGUUUUCCUAAAGUUUUUGUACCAAAGAAAUAGAAAAGUUCAAGAAUCAGUUUAUUUUGUUCUGUUCUUAA